AUGAUGCUUCUUAAAAAGUGGGAUCCAUCGUUCAGGCAAUUGUCAUAUAAUCGAGAAACUCGCCAAUUGAUUCUUGUUAAGUCGGAUUCUUGCAGUAAAGCAUAUAAACCAGAUAUAUUAGAUUUACGAAUACUUAAAGAAGUGCAUACUUUGGACUUUAAAUUAAAUAUGAUUAAAAUUAGUGAUAAAUGGGCUAAAGAUAAGGAGAUUCGCCAAUUUGAUCCAACAAAAAUUUUAGUUCUUUCAUACGGAAAUGGAUUUGUAUUAAAUUAUUGGAUUCUUCUGUUUGAAGUCGCAGAAAUUUGUCGCAUGUGGUGCCAAGGUGUACAUUAUUUAAUGAUGGAUACAAUUUCUGCAAGCCAUGCACUCGUAGUCGAGCGUUGGAUCAGAAAGGAAUUUUAUAAUAUGACAAAUACAGGCUCUGAUCGCAUUGAGCGAAAACAUAUGAAACCAUUUGUACAAAUAAGUUUGCAAUACAAAGUGCAAUUCAAAAUUUUACAGGAAAUCACUGAGGAUGAAAUGAAUUUCGACAUGUUCGCCAAUGCAUAUAGAACACUAUUAUUCCAGCAUGAUUUUUUCAUGAGUCGUUUUUCAAUUUAUUCUGAUGAUUCGAUGAAAGUUAGCUUCAACAAUUUUAUUCGUUUCUUAAUGGAAAUGCAUUUUUUUGUUUUAAUUUUUGUUUUUAAGGAUGAAAUGGGAAAUUAUCGAGAUCGCACAAGUGAUUUUAUGCGACGCUAUUUGAAAGAAUUUGAUUCAACAAGAGAUAUUCCAGAGCCUUCGUUAUCUAUUUCAGAAUUUUGUGAUUUUCUUUUCUCUCGUGAAAAUAGUGUAUGGGAUCCGAUAAACGAACAAGUCGUGCACGAUAUGAAUCGGCCACUUAGUCAUUACUGGAUAGCUUCUUCGCAUAAUACUUAUUUAACUGGUGAUCAGUUGAAGAGCGAAUCGUCGUUAGAUGCAUAUGCUCGUUGUCUUUUGAUGGGAUGUCGAUGUAUCGAAUUGGAUUGUUGGGAUGGCCAUAAACGUAGUGCAGAUGAUUGUACAGAAAUUGUAAUCUAUCACGGUUAUACAAUGACAAGCAAAUUAAAUCUGCGAGAUGUUCUUUAUACCAUUCGUCAUUACGCUUUCAUUAAUAGCGAUUAUCCGGUAAUAAUAUCUAUUGAAGACAACUGUUCCGUACCAGCUCAACGUCUUCUCGCUCAAGAAAUAAAAACCAUUUUAGGAGAUCUUCUUUUAACUGCUCCCAUAAAUCGCGACGAACAUGAACUUCCAUCUCCAGCUGCUCUGAAACGAAAAAUUAUAUUGAAACACAAAAAACUUCCGACGGAAAGUGAAGAUAUAGCUUCUCAGCCUAUUGAUGAUUACCAAGACCAUGAUUUGCUUUCCCGCAAUUGUAUCAAAAGAGGCAUACUUAGUCUUAAAGAUUCUGAUGUCGAUAAUUGGACAAAACAUAUUUUUAUCUUGUUUCCCGAUCGCUUAUGUUAUAUGCUCGAUGAUUGUGAGGCAAUAGUUGACGAUAACACAAAAAUUGAUGGAAAUGUUGGUGAGGAUGAUUCUCAAGUAGAUGACUCAAACUUGGUUGGUUUUGGUGUUCAGCCUGACGAAAUGCAUGUCACUGAAGAAUGGUUUCAUAGUAAAACAAGUCGUAAUAUGGCAGAAAGUCGAUUGUUAGAACAUAGAAGUAAAGGUAAUGGACUGUUUCUCGUCAGAGAUUCAAAUGUGUUUAUCGGCGACUAUUCUCUGUCGUUUCUGCAUAAUGGUAAAGUUCAUCAUUGCCGAAUCCGUACUCGAAUGGUUGACGGUCGGAAGAAAUUCUAUUUCCUCGAAAAUAAACAGAUGGAUACAUUAUAUGAAUUAAUAUCCUAUUAUACAGAACAAAAACUGAGAACUCCAAAUUUCAGCACAAAGCUCGUAACUCCUUGUCCUCAACCAUCUCCUCAUCUCAAUAUGCCCUGGUUUGCUGGCAAUAUUAAUAAGUCUCAAGCUGAAGAACUUUUAAAUAUGGUUCAUCAGGAUGGUGCUUUUUUAAUUCGAUAUAGUUCAACGGACAAAAACGUAUUCGUACUUUCUCUUAGAGCGAACGAUGCAGUUUGGCAUUAUCGACUGAAGCGUAAUGGUCGAAUUUUUGUUGUUAACCAAACUGUUUUUGAAAAUUUAAAUCAAAUUGUGGAUUUCUAUUCGUCUCGCGAGUUAGUGUGGGGAACAUGUUUGAAGAUCGCUGUAAAUGGAAAUAUCGAAGUUUGUAAUUUGGCCGCGCAAUUCGCGGAAUCGACUCCGGGUUGUUAUCUUGAUUUGAAGGAACUGGAUAAAGAGAUUUUCGUACGCGCCAUAGAACCUUAUGUAGCGAAACAUCAAAGCGAGCUUUCAUUUCCUGUAAAUUCUGUAAUUACGGUGAUAAAGAAGGAUGGCUGCCGAUAUUGGGGACGAUAUGGCCCACAUUCAGGUUUCUUUCCUUCGCAGUGUGUGGUGGAAAUAGUACAGUCUGAUCGUUUUUCCAACGAAGUAGUAAACUAUGGAACUAUUGAACUUGCUGGAUCACUUAUUGCGAAAAUUGUCGAUUCAAACGAAACUACUAAGCCAUUUGCCUUUAAAAUCAGUCCAGCUGCUGCUCAUUGGAAUUUCACUGAACAUAUAUUGGCUGCGAAUUCGUGUGAUGAUCAAGAAGAUUGGUUAAAUACUUUGCAUGAAUUGACAAGGACAGCUACUAGUCGUUUUCAAAUAUUACGUCUACGUGAAAAGAAUCUACGAAUUGCUUCUGAACUAUCGAAUCUUGUCGUUUAUUGUCAAGCAGUUCCAUUUAAUGCUAGUAUUGGUAAUGAUGGUAAUUUCUACGAGAUGUGUUCCUUUAGCGAGACGAAGCAUGAUAAACUCCUUGAAAAAGGCCUUGUUCGCUUUAACACUCGUCAACUAUCUCGUGUUUAUCCUCAAGGGUCGCGAGUGACUUCAACAAAUUAUGACCCUAUGCCUAUGUGGAAUUCGGGUUGUCAUAUGGUGGCAUUAAAUUAUCAGACGGGUGAUCGAGCAAUGCAGCUAAAUCAAGGGAAAUUUAUGGCGAAUGGGCAAUGUGGCUAUGUUUUAAAGCCAUCUUAUCUCAUUGAUGAAAAAUUCGCAGCUGAUGUGCCUGAAAAUAUAUCACAUUCAUGUCCAAUUAUGCUCACUAUUCAGGUAAUCGCUGGGCGGCAUUUGGCGCGCAAAGAUAAAACGAAAGGUAUUUGUUCUCCAACCGUAGAAGUCGAAAUUGUCGGAAUACCUACUGACAGUAAAGUGGUACGCACUCGCGCUGUAGCAUCGAAUGGCUUGAAUCCCAUCUGGAACCAAACAUUCAGUUUCAAUUUACUUUGUCCUGAACUAGCACUUAUUCGAUUCUAUGUAGAAGACGGUGACUUUGUAGGUCCUCAAGCUGAUCCAUUCAUUGGGCAAGCAGUUUAUCCUGUUGAUUGCAUUCGUACUGGUUUUCGAUCCGUUAUUCUGCGAAAUCAGCACAGUGAUGAAUUAGAACUUUCUGCGUUAUUGGUACAUAUCGAUGUGAGAAGGCGUAAUUCAAGUGGCGAACUAUUAAAUCCAUUUGUUGCUUUGCAAGCUGGUAGGAGUAUGGCCGGUAUUUCAAAAUCUUUGUCAUCAUCAUCUGGAUUAUUUCUUGCACGAGUGAGUUCGAUAGAUCAAAAUCUCUUCUCACCAUCGUCUUUUUCACCAACGAAUCCUCCUUCUAAGUCAGUCGAUGUUGAUCGUUCGAACAGUUUGGAAAGCACAGAGUAA